GGGGGAGGGAGGGAGGAGGAGGAGGGGAGGGAGAAGAAGGAGAGAAGGAGGAGGAGGAAGAGGAAGAAAGAGUCCGAAGGAGCUGCCGCUCCUGCCCGGGCCGGCGCCGGGGAUGGUGUUGGCCGCGGCAGCCGGGCCCUGACGCCGCGCUCAGGUGGAAGCAGCAGGAAUGCUCACACUGGCAAGCAAGCUGAAGCGGGAUGAUGGUGUCAGAGGACCCCGUGCGUCCAACCCGGCGUCGGACUCUACUCGGAGGGUGUCUGUGCGGGAUAAAUUACUUGUUAAAGAGGUUGCAGAGCUUGAAGCUAAUUUACCUUGUACAUGUAAAGUGAAUUUUCCUGACCCAAACAAGCUUCAUUACUUUCAGCUAACUGUAACCCCAGAUGAGGGCUAUUAUCAAGGUGGAAAGUUUCAGUUUGAGACUGAAGUUCCUGAUGCCUACAAUAUGGUGCCUCCAAAGGUAAAGUGUUUGACAAGGAUCUGGCAUCCCAACAUUACAGAGACGGGAGAAAUCUGCCUAAGUUUAUUGAGAGAACAUUCAAUCGAUGGCACUGGCUGGGCUCCAACUAGAACAUUAAAGGAUGUUGUCUGGGGAUUAAACUCCUUAUUUACUGAUCUUUUGAAUUUUGACGAUCCCCUGAAUAUUGAGGCUGCAGAGCAUCAUCUUCGUGACAAGGCUCUUAUUUGCUUCAUCAGGAAUGACAAUGAACAUUUCACCACUGCAAAUUUGGGGGUUUUCUCCAUUGGCUGCACUCAAGCCAAGCUUUUCACCUUGUAUUGUUUUUCCUUAUAAUGAUUUCAGUCAUUGUAAGUAGUUUCAUUUUGGUAUCUUUAAUCAUAAACUGAAAAAUGGGUUUAAAGAAAAAUAGGUUCUUUUUUUUUUUUUAAUUCUAAUAUCAUUAAGUGGUUAAUGUUGGUUUACAAUAGAAUUUGUAGAUAUGUUUGACACUUAUGUUUGUGUGAAUAGAAUGGCAUCUGGUGUCUACAAAUCUAGUUUGACCAGGCAACAUUGCAAUUUUGAGCAUAGUUUCUUGUGGAGGGGACUUAGUUAUCCAAAUUGCUGGAGCCUUGAAGCAGAUGAGGACAUUAUCACCUCUCUCUGCUCAGGUGGCAAUGGCCAGAGAUUUUUGGGUAUUCUCAAUUCACUCUAAAUCAAUUUGAGUCAAUUAACUGUAAAUUAAGUUUGAAAUCUAAUGCCUAGCUCUUAUUUAGGGCAUUUCAUCAGUGGAAACAAGCAUGCUGAUGGAGAGCUCAUUGUGGUUUUGGGUACUCUGCUGUUGAGAAUUGUAGUGAUGUAGAGAAGAAAAUGAUUCUCUCUGGGUAGGACAAUAGAGCAGUGGGGGGCUGGGCAUUCAUUUGGAUCCUCUUAGUCCUGCAUUAAUACCCUGACAUUUAAAUAACAUUCUGUUCCUUAUCCUUUCCUUAAUUUUGACGUGAAUGUCUCAGUCUUUCUGUAAUGUUCCUACACAGAUAGCCUUUCUCACCUGUUUUAUCUCUGCUCUGACAAGUUCAGUUUUGAAGGAGUAAAGACAGACUGCUUUUCUCUGCUGUGCUACCCUUUGUACUUGUAGGUGCCAAAGGUUCCCAUUACACAGAUAAGCUAAAAUGCACAAGGGAAGAAGCAGCCAAUUUUUUAAUUUAAGUUUGACAUUCUGCUUUUUUUUAUUUGCCUGCAAAAUAAAUUCUUUUUCUGAUUUUCAGGACUGAGCUUGGCCUGUGGCUUAAAUCAGCAUUGGACUGCACUGACUGCAGUCACAGCUGAGACUUAUCCUGGCUCUUUUCUCUCUUAUGUCUUACAAACUCCAACCCUGCAGGCAACCCAUGGUUGUGAUAAACAGAGUGAAGAACAUUUGGCGAGGAAAUCAGUGCAAGACUUAAGUCUGAGUCCCUGGCAGUAAGUCCUGUGGCUGAAGGAGUCAGAUACCCUCCCUGGAGGAGCCUCUGGCACUGCCUCACGCUGACAAAAAGAGGCUCUGCCAGGGUGUUUGAAACCAUUUCCCCUGUGCUGCUGAGGGGAGAGUUGCUCUGAGUGGCUUGGCAGUGGCUUAUGAUGAGUGGCCGCUCAUCCAUGAUGUAUUGACUCUAUUCUACAGGCAGUCUCAGCUAUAAUUCCUUGGCUGAAAGGAAAUUUUUUUCUUGUGUGUGAUUAAAUGCCCAUCUUUUUAAAAAUAAAAACAAAGAUUGCCAUCAGGAGGGUAAUUUCCUGAACAAGGCAGUACACUACAGAUAGCUACUAAAAUAGGUGAAAAGGGAAAGGAAGCUUUUGCCUUAUCCUUAAAAGCAAUCAAUUUAAUGUGAAUAAGGUAAGUUGCUGUAAGUGGGGAGAGAUUCAGAACUGCGAGGCGCGUCAGGUUUAAAGUAAUUUUUCGAUUAAGGUUUCCUAGACCAUAAAACUGUAAUUGGGUAGAGGAAAGAGGGGAAUCCAUUCGUAUAUUUUAAACUGAACAAUCUGGUGUUUUACAUAUUGGAAUAUGAGAUAAUAGUAAUUAGGUGUAGAACAAAAGAGUUUCUGUGGAGCUGAGCGUAAAGGAAUUACUGAGUUGACAAGCCUGACGCUUUCCUCCUCCAUUCCCCAAGAUUAAAAAUUAUACUUUUUAACAAAAUGUUCCUGUGUUUGGUGUGUCACCGUGGUAUGGAUAGAUGUGUCAACCUCAGUGCCACUCUUGCUUUUGAAGGAUUUCUGUUUUCUAUCCUUUCACUUCUCUGAUAAAAGUUGAAUAUCAUUUUCGAGUCUGUCAGUUUGAUAUUCUAAUAACAGCAGCAGAAUAAUUUGAAGAAAUAUAAAAUGAUGGAUGAUGAUAAAACUGAGUAAAGAGACUCUGGAAAAUUUUACAAGACAGCUCUCAGUCUGCAUGAAAAUAAUCUUGUGUUUUUAAGGUAACUGCAAGUUAAAGGUCUUGAUGGAAACAUUUCUGUGUUCUUUCUUGCUUAUGCUCAGUGUAACACUCCAUUUGUGUCUCAUCAGGCCUGAGUGGAGUGCAAGGAUCACCUCCCUUGACCUGCUGCCACUGCUCAGUGUGGCCCAGGAUGGUAGUGGUUGUCUUUGGUGGUUCAUGGUCAGCUUGGUGACCAUCAGAACCUCAAGGUCCUUCUCUGCAGAGCUGCCUGUCAGUCCCCAGCGUGUGCUGGUGGGUGGCGUUGUUCAUGGGCAAGACUUCGCAUUUCCUUUGUUGAACCUCCUGAAGUUCUGCUCUCUCUGGUUCUCUGGCCUGUUGAGGUCCUUCUGGAUGGUGUAUCAGCCACACCUCCCACUUUUAUGUCAUCAGCAAGCUCUGUCCCUUCAUCCAGGUCAUUAAUGAAGAUAUUGAACAGUGCUGGCCCCUUGAGUGCUCUGCUGGGACUCUGUGCUGCUGAGCAGUUGAGCAGGUUCAGUCCCCCUGCUGCCCAUUUAUCUGACCUGUCCUGAAUCAGCUUGUCUUAGAGCUUCCCUCAAGUGAACCUUUAGCAAUUGCUUUGCUUCUUAGUCUUUCUUUGGUAAAGGAAUAAGGCUUCUGCAGUAAUACCAUCCAUCUAUCCCCUCAUCCCAACCUCCCCUCAAUCCCUGUAGCUUUUAAACACACACACCGAUUUCCAUCAGACUUGACAGAGCAGCAGAGUCUUUACACGCAGUUGCUGUAGCUGCCACAAAAACUGUCAGCAGCAGCAGCAAAGAGAGUGAGCCUCCAGGAAAGCCUCCCAUGCCAGCUCUGCCAGGCCCCGCUCCGGGUGGGCUCCGCAGGCAUGUCCAGCUUGGAGCAGACCCUGAGCUUUGCCCUUCAUCAGCUGGUGCCAAGGAGACCUGGGUGAAACCCAAGGGGGCUGGAGGAGGCAGAGGGAACUACAGUUCUUGCUGGGAGGGAGGAGGUGAUGAAAGGUAUCAAAAGGUGGAGGGGGCAAGGAAGGCAGUAAUGAUAUUUGCAAGUCUGGAAGUGGCCAGAUUUUGCUGUCUUUGCUUGCUAAAUGUGUGUCUUGUAAAGGCCUUUCUGAUUAUGCUUGACAUUCCCAAGCAGGAGGGCUUGCAAACAGACUCUUGCACACUAAGAACUUUAUUCCGGUAAAGAGAACUACCCACAAGCCACUCAAACACCACAGGGAGUUCCAUUGCUUCCUACUGAUCAUGAGAUCUGCAUACUUUUACUUGCAGUUGUCUUUUUUCCUCUUCCAUAUUUAGCCACAUUGGAAGUACUUAGGGAGCACACUGCUGAAUACAUGAAUUUUUAGGGGAUUUUGUACAACUCUGAUUUUUUCAUUUUCAGUGCUGCUGGCUCUUACUCCCGACAGUGGAAGGAUACGUGCUGUUAAAAUUGCUAAAGAAGUAAUUGAGGUCAAGGCUUUGAAGCUACUGCUUCAUCAUCAUCUUGCAUUAUUAAUUCUCAAGGUUUACAGAAAGAGUGGCAUUGUAAAACCCAUUAUAAAAUUGUAUACAGUGUCAUGCUGGCUGCUCUGCUUGCGUGCAUUCUGCUCUCCUUUUUGUAACAUCUCACUGGAUUACCUCUUACCAUUUUUAGUUGUUUUCAUCUGUAAAGUGGAUUUCUCCUUCUCUACUUUCACCUCUUCCACGUGAUCUUGGAAUUACUCUGAUGUGAAGUUUGUGAGGUCGCAGUCUUUCUUGGCAAGAAAUUACAGUGAAAAAGAAAGUUCCCAAGAGUUUACUGUGGGAUCCAGGGCUGUGUCAGAGGAAUGGUUUGAGGUGAUAUAGCUAUUUCUAUACCCUUAGAAACAGUAAAAAGAUAAUAUUUUUAAAACAGUGUAAGAAAUGUUUUGCCAAAUGUGGUGAUUUCUACAGUACUUCAGGAAUCCCUUGGUCUUUGCUGGGUUUCCUGAUGCUGCAUCUGCAGUUGAGAUAUGUCAGGAGAUGUCAGGACAGCUCUCCAGACAGUGCUUUCCCUUGCAUCUUUCCCAUGAAUCUUUGUAAAAUCAGUGCAUUGUAAAAAUGCAUGUGUUGCUUAAAUUAGCAUAGUCUCAUCCUUGCUGUGCUGUUUACUUACUCCUGUUUGAGCUUCAUUUGGACUUGGACCCAUUUCUGUCCAUUGUCUAAUAUGGGGUUUUCCACUUAACCUCAUCCCCUUGUUUAAAUUGAUAGCCCUGCACCAGGCCUUGACAUCUUGAAAUCUCUCUUCCCAGUAGGAAAUAGCUGCUUCCAGACAUUUUCAACAACACUGCUUUUUAUUUCUAAUGGUACAAAACUGUGAUGUGACGAAAGUGUUCUUAACCUUCUUAAGGUAAAAUAACACACUUAUUCCUGGCUACUGAAUCAAAUAUCUAUUUCCUGAUUUAUUUUAUAGGGGUUACAAAAUUAGGAUUGUUCUAAUUAAAUGCACCCACAAGGUAUAUCUGAGGAACUGAAGUAUAUCUUCAUGUUAGGUCAGGCAAGCCUGGCAACUCUGGUGUAAGGAAGCUUUUCCCCCCCCACAUUUGUAAUGAAUCCCAAAGUACUGGUAACUGAACUUGCAGCCUGGCUUUCCUGCCACUCAGACAUUGACUGCUCCACACACCAACAGGGUUUUAAGCAGAAGGAGCUUCUCAAGGGAAGAACUUGAUCUUAGAGGCAAACCUCAGCUUUCCAAGCUUUUACCACACUGGAAAAGAAUUUAGCCCGAAAAGGCUUUCAGAAGGCUUGAUGUGGGUUUUUUGGAAGCUAUUUAAUAUUUGUUGUGGGGUUUUUAUUACUCUCUGAUUGCAGCUUAAUGUCUUAUUAAGAACAACAGUUCCAUCCCAGUCCAAAAACAUCUUUUCAUAACAAUUCUCCCUGUGAGUCAUUACAUUUAUUUAUCUCCGUAUUUAUCGCAGUAAAUCCUUCACUUCCUCUGCACCCCCAACCACCCUGUCUGGUGUUUGUUGUUCUCUCUGAAACUGAGGCAGCCACAGUAGAAUACAUAUUUGUUUUUCUGCAAUAUUCCUGCAUUUACAGAACUGCACUGGGGUUUUUCUUGGAUUGCCUCCUCAUUUUAUGUUCCAUGUCCUUGUUACAGCCUUUGAGGCCUCUUCCCAGUGAGCAAAAAGUACAUUAAGCAGCGUGUGCAAAUGAGCAACAGCACAGCUGCUAAUUGUACUAACAGAUGUAAAUACGAAAAACAUUAUUUUUCUAAUGCUACAAGUAUUCAUAGAAACCAUUACCCAUCUUCCAUAACACUUUGAUUGUGGAUGGAGCCUCUCUCAGGUUCAGCAAAGUUGAUUAAGCUUUUGCAGAUGCUUUGAUUUGCUGAGGUAAUGGUAGAAAUGUGGGAGAAAUGCAGAUGUUUUAAAGCUUUUGUUUUAGGUGCUUUAGGCAACUAAGUGGCUUAAAAGGAAAGCUUUUGCUUUGCAUCCUUUAGAAACAUUCAUGACUCUUGAACAGGAACAUAUGGGAGAGUUGCUGAAUGCCAACAAGGAGUCUGAACUCUUGGAGCUGAGUUCCCCCUGUGCCUCACCUGCCUGGUCAGGUUUGUUUGAACAUCAUUUGCCUUGAGUAGAGUAUGACUUGCAAAAACCCUCUGGCCAGACCCAGGCAACUCCUAUUUCCUCUGUGCUUGUAAUUUAUCCAUUAAGAUCUCAGAUCCCAAGGACAUAACGUCUCUUGGGAAUGAGUGGCGUCCUCCUGUGUGGAAGUGCAUUUGCCGCUCAGAGAAGGUUAACGUCAGUGUAAUUGGGAUAAUUCAGGUAAUUUUCUUGAAGGGCUUUUCUAUAACUCUUUCCAACUGACAAAGGGGCCAGUGUGCCUGGCACCAGCCUUGGGAGCCUUGGAGGAGACCAGCUCCUGACGUUGGGCACUGAGUGACCAAGCAGUCUCUGUGCCCCCUGGCUUAACUCCAGGGAGGUUUUCUUUGUUUUCAGCAACAUGGGCAAAAUCAGAAAUGGUAACAAGGAGUCAGUCAGUCCUGGCAAAUCCUGAGCCAUUUGGCACCGCGGCCGUAGGACCAGACUACUCACAAAGUCUCUACCAUCUGCUUCCAGCCAAGCUGCUCCAAAAGCCAAAGGGUGGAUUUGGCAGGACUCAAGACCUACGUCAGAUUUGAUCCAGGGAACAAUUUUUCUUUGGGAAGCUGCAUUGCCUUCCUCAUCUGGCUCCAUUCCCUCGCCUUAGCACAAACAGGAUUUAGAUGUCGUUAUCCCUGGCUACCACAGCAGCAUUCACACUCUACCUCCCUUUCCUCUUCCAGUAACUUCAGAGAGUGCUUUUCUUCCUUUAUCUUUGCUCCACCGGGAGACAACUGGAAAUUUGUGGAGGCAUGAUGGAAGUGGUUCCUAUAGGAGAUGUGAAAUCUCAAACAGCCUUGCUGCUCCAUGUUGAGCAUGUUAAUGCUUUGCUCUGUCCUUGCAGCACAUCUUCAGCUACCCUGUGUCCUGGCAGGCAGGUCACUGCUCUCCACAUCAAUUCUGUAACCUACCUCUGCGUAAAGGUGUUUUUCAGAAAAAAGGUCCAAAACUUAGUGUUUCUCUUCUUCCCCACAAUGCUGCUCUUUUCCAAAUUGCUGCCGUGGUGUGAUUUGUAUUUGCUUGUUGGUUUUUUACCCCUUGGAGUAAAAAGUCACCAUUUUUUCCUUUUAGAACUUAGCUGCUAAGAAAUCUACUGAAGCAUUUUCUCACCAUUUUGCAAAACGAUAAUUGCUUGAUGUCUAGAAACAAUUAUAAAAUCUGAAGUAGAGAUCACAGGCCAUGAAAAUUGAUGUAGCUUUGAUUGCACCUGCUAAGCACAGGAGCUUGUGGGAGAGACCUCUGUAUAAGUUUUUCACCCCCCACUCUUCUCUUUCUUCAUAGAACUAAAAUUUAAUUACAGAGCUUGGAAAAGUCUUCAGAUCUUGUAGAGACUGAGCUAAAUAAAACAAUGACAGGGAAAUGAGAGCAAGGCAGGAAUAUGAAUUGAAAAAAACACCUCACACUUGAGAUUUUUGUAUUACUCAAAAGUUUUAUUCAGCUCCUUUUUAAAUGGGAGGGGACGUGUGGGAGCUGAGGGGUGUGAAUACUGAUUUCCCGCAAAGUGGAAAAGAAAGAAAAGGUGGAUUUAAAUAUAAUUUAUAGGGCUAAUGGGUAAAUCUAGCUGGUUAUUAUAUCUUCCUCCUUAAGCUUUGACUGAGCUGAAUAAUGUUGUUUUAGUGGUGCUCAGAAGACCUCUUUCCUAAAAACUUUGAGGAAAACUACAAGGUCCUGGCAGAAGUUGUUUGGAAUUUAACCUUGGUGAGAAAUGUUGGAUUCCAAUGGUGUUCUGUUAAAGUAGUGCUUUUUUAAUUAUUAUUGUUUUCUUUAACACAAAAGAGGGAAGGGCAGCAGCAAUUGAUUAUUUUUAUGAUCUUUUUCUGUUUCCAUUUGAGUUUUACAGGAUUGUAGGUUUAAAGGAUGUGAAGGUGGAUGAGAGAGUUUGUCACAGUGUCUGGGUGGUUGUAGCCACAGCUGAGGGACAUGUGGUAUGGAGGGACUGGCCAGUGUGGGCUUCAGCCUUCAGAGAGACAGAGAGGGGCAGAGUCUCUGCUCUCUAAUAAACUGAGGUCAAUACUGUUAGUAGGAAGAAGAAAAAUUUUGCCAAAUACUGCAGUGUGUGAAGUGCCAGUAGUGGGUAUAUUAAGGAUAGUAAUGAGCUUAAUCUGCUUUAGUUUGGUGUAGAGUUUUUUUAUUUCGUUUGUUUGUGGGAUUUUUCUUCAGUUUCAUUUUGUUUUAUUUUUAUUAUUAUUACUACUAUUUUUGGGUAAUUAUUACAUAUACAUUCGUUUUAAAUAAAUAAAAAAGAUUCCCAAGAGAAAGUUUCCAUUACAGCUUUUCCAGACUUCUCUGGUAGCUGUCACAGAAGUAUUGUGUUUGUUUUGGAUUACUGAGCAGAUCUUCUUUGGAUUAGAAAUAAAAGCUUAAAUAAAACACUAGCAGUUAAUCAGUAUAACUUAGUGCAAUAUAAACAGUUGAAAAGAUAAAGGCUGCCAAAUCAGGUCAAAACCCAGUUUUUGAAACAGCAACUCAUUCUUGAGUGUGUGCUUCCAUGUGCUUUUAGAAAUGGCAGGAUGUAAUUCUCUUCUGGGAUUUGGGGCUCUACAGAUCCUCUCCCAAGUGCUCUUCAGUAGAAUCACAGAAUGAUUUGGGUUGGGAUGGACCUUAAAGUUCAUCUCCUUUCAACCCCCUGCCAUGGGCAGGGACACCUUCCACUAGACCAGGUUGCUCCAAGCCCUGUCCAACCUGGCCUUGGACACUUCCAGAGAUGGGGCAGCCACAGCUGCUCUGGACAGCCUGUGCCAGGGCCUCCCCACCCUCACAGCCAAGAAUUUCUUCCUAAUACCUCAUCUAACCCUGCUGUCUGUCAGUUUAAAACCAUUGCUCCUUGUCCUGUUUAUUAUAUAUAUUUAGUAUUUGCUUAAAGGUUAUUUACUAAAUCUCUUUGUUGAAAUACAAAGGGCAAUUUCUGUGGGAUAAGUUUUAGCUUUACAGUCUCUACUGUAGCCAGUUCUCAGCUCAGAAAUAUGCCAUGAUUUAUAUUUCAUAUUCUUCCCCCACCGAUUUUUGAGUUUCCCUUUGAUUGAUUGUCCCCAUCUGAUUUUCAUCAACUGAAGCAAGGAUUUGGCCAGCAUUACUCAUGUAGCAAAUACUUCCCACAGGGUAUUGAUGUACUGCUCUGUUCUCCCUCUCACCUCUCACAGCUCAGGGUGCUGCAGAGCUACUUUGGGUCUGGUCCAAACCAGACCUGUUUGGAACAGGUCCUGUUCUGUUUCUGUGCUGUCCUGGGGUGGCCAUCAUUCUGAGGGGUUUGUUUCCCGUCCUGCCCACGAGGCCAGUGUCUAAUUUCUGUCCCCAAAUCCCAGGGCUGUGUUGCACAGAGGAGGUCUGGCUCAGGCACAGACCUCUCCACCCCUAAGGCAGUGUGGCAGGUAUUGCUCCCAGACAGAAACCCAAGCCUCAUUCCUCCUUGGCACAUCUCCAGAGAACCCAAGGGCAGCUUUAUCUGCCCUAACAGUACAGUGAGAUUGAUGAAGGGCAAAUGCUGGUAGUUUAAAAUUAGAUUUCCCCUUUGAAAAGCUCCUCCAUGUGGUGUUUCCAGGACUCACUGAUGGUCUGUGUCAGAGUUUAAUGACUGGCUGAGUCGUUUCUGGUGAAGUUUCAUGUGUUACACCAUCAGUGCUUCUGUUCUACAGGGACAGUCAGCCCUCUCCCCUUCAUCAGUAUUUGGCCUGAUGGCUCUGAUGGCAUGGGAAACUACUUGGUGUAGAGGCAGGCAGCUGUGCCUCCAGCCAGGCUAGCAGUGGGAUGUGAUCCAGGUCCAGAGGGAUGGGGCAGGAGCCCCACUGGGCACAGCCGUGGUCAGUGAGGGUCAAGGGUCAUGUCAGUGACUGUUUCUGCUGAGGGUCUGGCAGGAGCAGAAAUGGCCACUGACAAGAGCUGCUUUGAUGGGGGGGAGUUCCAGCAGCAAACCUCCUGACUCUUCUCCCUCUCACCAUCAGACCACAGGACUUUAUGCUUUUCUCAUCUGUCUUGGCAUCAAAGGAUGCUUGGGCUCCAGGGCACUAAUGCAGAGCCAGGCUUGGGUACAGUUCCUUAGAGUCUCCCACAGGACACAAGCUCCAUUCAAGGGGUAGGCUUUGUUUUUUUAAUAAGAGCAGAUAUUUUGUGCAACCUGCCUUCUAGCCUGUCUUUCUAGUCCUACACUUAGGAUCUGUCCUUGAAGGGAUGAGUCCUUUUUCUUUCCCUGAGCAUUCCUAGCAGGAUUUUGUAUGCACCUCUUUAUAAUGCAAGAUAUGUGCUGCUUUGAUUAAUUUUUUUUGCAUUUGAUUAUUCAGUGCUGCACAUAAACAGAUGUGCACAGAGAGAAGUGCUCCCUAUUAAUCAGGAGCUGCUGAGCCAUAUGGCACGUGAAGAUGGAGUGUCAGCUCUGGGAUGAGCACCUUCUGUUCAGCAGCCAGGUUCACAUCCAGGGAUUACUGUGUUAAUAUAUUCCUGCCAACAGUAGGUCCUUCAUCCCAGGCUGCCUGAGUGACAGCGUGGAUUUCUGGAGCCUUCCUCCUUUACUGAGGUCUUGUGUUAAAUCACUGCUGAGAGCCCCUCUUCAUGUUUACUAACCUCGUAAAGGUACAGAUGAAAAGGCAGAGGGUGCUGAGCUGUCUGCACUGCUCUCAGAUACUGCACACAGAGGAAGGUGCAGUUGGCCCUGUUGCAUGUCCAGGGGUAUUUCUUAUUCUUGUUCCCAAUUUCUUUUAGUGACCCAUCUCUUGGAGAGACACAGGAGUAGGAAAUAACGUACAGUAAGCCCUCAGUUAACUAAUUAAGUUUCCGCAACACUGGGAAUUGUAACUGCAAGUAUUAGAGACCCUGGAUGGUUGUAAAAUGAGGAAAAAACUACUAGGAAGUGUCACUGUUUGGGUUAUUGUAAAAAAUCAACGUUAUUGCCAAGGUGGAUCUUACUGCCUUUAUGGCUGGCACCCUGAUAUUUAGCUCUGUACCCUAGUAAUGAAUAGAUUCACAGAAUGGUUUGGAUUGGAAAGGACCUUAAAGCUCAUCCAGUCCCACCCCCUGCCAUGGGCAGAGACACCUUCCACUAGCCCAGGUUGCUCCAAGCCCAGUCCAACCUGGCCAUGGACACUUCCAGGGAUGGGACAGGCACAGCUUCUCUGGGCAACCUGUGCCAGGGCAAGAAUUUCUUCCUAAUAUCCAACCUAAAUCUACCCUCUUCCAGCUUAAAGCCAGUAAGCCAUUGAGGAGUCCAAAAGGUUUCAUCUGUCAGGUGCAAUGUUGUGACCAACAUGCUCCAAUGUUGUGAGUGCCCCAGACCAGGCUGACAGCAGGCACAAAUAACCAGUAAAUGAGUGUUCCUGCACUGUUUGCCAUGAUGAGUUAGUUUGUAUCUAGGUAGUCCACAAUGUACCAGAGCUGAAAACAAAUUCAAAAGGUCAAUUUUCUUUUUGUUUGGGUGGUAUUUUAACAGACUCGAGGUACGUAGAGGUGGUUCUUGCCUGGGGCAGCCAGAGAUCUGUGACACUUUAAUGUGAUACUCAGCUAUCAUAACUUUCAUCUAUAGCUUGAAAUUGCCUGGUAUUAGAAAUUUCAUUUAAAAUGAAGAUGGUAUUAGCUCUGUAGUGUUAGGUUUUUAACGCACUUCACAGUUGUACAAGCGUGGAAAUAUGUGUGCUUGCAGCAGAGUUUAAAAGUCACUACACAGAAUAUUGCCUUUCAUAGGUGCCAUAUUGUGCCAAAAUAGGUGCUCCUUUCUCCUAAGAAGAGCAGGCAGCCUGUCCCUAAGGAGGAAAGGGAUUUCUGCAGCCCUGGCUUCUAUCAGCAGUCAGUGCUUGCGGGGCUGCUCACCACACCUAGAGCUCCUGGUGCCAAGGUGUCAGGCAUCUCCAGGUGAUUUCUUCUCACUUCUGCUCUCUGCAUUUAUUUCUGCUGAAGCUCAGAUCCAUAACUCUCCUGAGAAGAGCCUUUAGCAGAGGGUGUUUUUCCCCUAAAGUGCAUUUAUAUUUUUGAUACAAUAUUUUUGGCCUUGAACUGCAUUUUAAACUUCUUUGAGAUUCAGAGCACUUUGCAUAUAGUUCAUGGGAAUCUCUGCGAUGCACUUUAUCAGCUGGCAAUCGAAAUUGUGAACAGCUUUUCUGGUGGAUCAUAGUUCUUUGAUCCUGUGAUUUGGGACUUUACCCAUAGGAUAAACUAUCUUUUCACUGGUAGAAAAACUCAGUGGCAGAAAACCAAACUGCGAUAAAGGGAGCUGACAUGUAGGUGUUUGAAGCGUGGUGUUGGAGCCAAGGAAGUAUAGAUGCAUUCCAAGGCUUACUAAGGCAAAAAGGCCAUAUUACUGCUUUGUCCUGGUGUUAUGUGCAGUUCUUUGCUGAGUGAUCUGUACCAGAACAGUUUGUGUUCAAAGAGUGUCGUUUUACAUGUCAGCAAACCUGGAGCUGAGAAGUGACACUGAAGCAGGAUCAUGCCUUGUGAUUCCACAGGUUGUGGCAAUGGGACUUUGUGCCCUUUUUAGUAAAAGCAGAGCCUUGGCUCUGCUCACCAGGCAGCUCCAGCACACCAGGACAGUUUUCAAAACCUCUUAAUCUGUUGCAUACAUUGGUUUUUUAGGGUUUUUUUUAAACAGAUGUGAGUAUAUAAAUUUCCCAGGUUUUCCUGCUUUAUAUUCUAGCAGCACACAAAAUGGGGAGCUGAAAAUCAAGCAAAAUGCACUUUGCUAUGAAAGCCCCACUUGACUCUGGAGCACAGGCACCUCAGUGUGUUUGGGUGGAACAUACUUAAUACCAGGCUGUAAGCAUGGAAGGCAAGGCUCAGGCUCGGAAUAACAUACCAGGAAUGUGGCAUCGGCCUGACAUCCCAGUUUGGACAGGGAUCACGUCAUGCCAGAAUUUCUCAUGCUUGGCAUCUCUGUGCUUUAUGAAGUACCAGAACUGUGUGUUUUCCCCUAGACACAGAGGUUAUAAAACAGUCAGACUCCGUUUCCAUGGGAAACUCUUUGCCCAGUGCAUUCCCCAGAGGAUCCCUGUCAGAACGCGGACACCUGUUAGCAAGGACUGGACCGUCAGAACCUGGGUGUCUGCGAGAGCAGUGGACCUUUCCCUUGGUGGCAGUUUCACACCCUACCAGUGCCAGUGUGGGAAUGCAUAGUCCCACAGGAAUCCAUCUCUGCUGUGCUCGGGGUAACUGUGCCUGUGCUUCCCUCUAGGAGGACUUCCGGAAUAAAGUUGAAGAUUACAUUAAGCGCUACGCGAGAUGAUGAAGGGAGAAGGAUGGCAGGACCAUGGCUUCCACACUAGAGUUGUC